CCCGAUGGGCCCAGCCCGCCGACCGCCCCUUCAUGAACGGAGCGCGUAGUUUCUCAAUGGAGCCGCGGGGGGCGGGGGGCAGUGAGUCGGGAGGGAGGCGCGGCGUUCCGUCUCUCCCCUCGGCCCCCGGCCGCGGCCUGAGGCGCUGAGGCGGCUGCCGGGCGGCCGCACCCGCCGCCGGAGGACCCGUCGCGCUCGGCAGGAGCGGCGCCGCCGCCGAGGCCUGGACCGCUCUCCGUUUCCUCCUCUUUCCUCCCGGUCGGCUUUCAGCUCUCCGGCGGCGCUUUUCCGGGAGGAGGACACGCACCAGGUUUCCGCCCAGAAGACGGCGACACCGGGAGCCUGCGGCGGGGAGACGACGGCGCCGGGCGCGGCAUGCACGGGCCGGCCCCGCGCUGCUGAGCCGCCUCGCGCUCCGGAGCGGGCUCUGUGCGCGGCGGCGGCGGGAUGGAGCCCGCGACCGCGCCCCAGGCCGACAUGGCGCCGGAGCUGACCCCGGAGGAGGAGCAGGCCACCAGGCAAUUUCUUGAAGAGAUUAACAAGUGGACAGUUCAGUACAACGUUCCCCCUCUCUCUUGGAACGUGGCUGUCAAGUUCCUCAUGGCUCGGAAGUUCGAUGUGCUCCGCGCCGUAGAGUUGUUCCACUCCUACCGGGAAACAAGAAGGAAGGAAGGCAUUGUGAAUCUGAAACCUCAUGAAGAACCUCUCCGUUCUGAGAUUCUUAGUGGAAAAUUCACCAUCUUAGAUGUUCGGGACCCAACAGGAGCCUCCAUUGCCCUCUUCACUGCCAAAUUGCAUCAUCCCCACAAGUCAGUGCAACAUGUGGUACUUCAGGCUCUGUUUUACUUGUUAGACAGAGCUGUGGAUAGCUUUGAAACACAGAGAAAUGGACUGGUGUUUAUCUAUGACAUGUGUGGUUCUAAUUAUACCAACUUUGAGCUGGAUCUUGGCAAGAAAGUCCUAAACCUGCUGAAGAACCUAAGGAUGCACACAUGUUUGCUGAUAAGAAAAGUCAGGAUAGUUUUUGAUCACAAAGCUUAUGUCUACAGGAACAUAACAUCAAUACUUUUAAAGGGGGCAUUUCCAGCUCGUUUGAAGAAAGUGCUGAUUGUGGGAGCACCCAUAUGGUUCCGAGUGCCCUAUUCCAUCAUCAGCCUCCUCCUGAAGGACAAAGUCCGAGAGAGGAUUCAGAUAUUAAAGACAUCCGAGGUCACCCAGCACCUGCCCAGAGAGUGCCUUCCAGAAAACCUGGGUGGGUACGUCAAAAUGGACCUCGCCACUUGGAAUUUCCAAUUCCUACCCCAGAUGAAUGGCCACCCGGACCCCUUCGAUGAGAUCAUCCUGUUCUCCCUCCCUCCUGCUUUAGACUGGGACUCAGUGCAUGUUCCAGGUCCUCAAGCCAUGACAAUCCAGGAGCUGAUGAAUUACGUGAGCACCAGGCAAAAGCGGGGAAUAUAUGAGGAGUAUGAAGACAUUCGUCGUGAGAACCCUGUUGGCACUUUCCACUGUUCCAUGUCUCCAGGAAACCUAGAGAAGAACCGCUAUGGGGAUGUACCCUGCCUGGACCAAACAAGAGUAAAACUGAUAAAACGAAGUGGCCACACUCAGACAGAUUACAUCAAUGCCAGUUUCAUGGAUGGCUAUAAGCAGAAGAAUGCUUACAUUGGUACACAAGGCCCUUUGGAGAAUACUUAUCGUGAUUUUUGGCUCAUGGUAUGGGAGCAAAAAGUCUUGGUGAUUGUCAUGACCACUCGCUUUGAGGAGGGCGGCAGGAGGAAGUGUGGCCAGUACUGGCCUUUAGAAAAAGACUCUCGGAUCCGAUUUGGCUUCCUCACAGUGACCAAUCUAGGCGUGGAGAACAUGAACCAUUAUAAGAAAACAACGCUAGAAAUUCAUAACACAGAGGAGCGGCAGAAACGCCAGGUGACUCACUUUCAAUUCCUGAGCUGGCCAGAUUAUGGUGUACCCUCCUCAGCGGCUUCCCUCAUUGACUUCUUGAGAGCAGUCAGGAGCCAGCAGAGGUUGGCCGUCAGCAGCUUGGGAGCACACUCCAAAGGGCAGUGCCCUGAACCACCCAUUGUGGUCCAUUGCAGUGCAGGCAUUGGCAGGACAGGUACCUUCUGCUCACUGGACAUCUGCCUGGCACAGCUGGAGGAGCUCGGCACCCUUAACGUGUUCCAGACGGUGUCCCGCAUGAGGACCCAGAGGGCCUUCAGUAUUCAGACCCCCGAGCAGUACUAUUUUUGCUACAAGGCAAUCCUGGAGUUCGCAGAAAGGGAGGGCAUGGUGCCAUCCAGCCACAACGUCGUGGCUAUGGAGAGUCAGUAACUGUCCCAUGAGCCUCCUCCUGCUAGCCAGCCUUCUUCCUUAAACUCCCUGGACACCGCUGAGCCUAUAGGCUGCCAUCAGUUACACUGAAGCCAUGGAUGAACCUCCUUCUUGUGUCUCCCAGUGUACGCAGGAUGGCCUUUCCCUUUGGCUAGGUAGAUGUGGUGAAAUGGUUACUAGAAAGGGCCAGCAACAAUGUGUUCUUAAUUCCUAGCACCUGCCAUUGAACUGUGCCUUAUUAAAACCAAAUUGUGGCUAUUGAUUUUUGCUAGAGGCUCUAAGCAAGGUAAGUGAGAAAGGACCCCCCUCCCCCUUUCCAAUGCCUUCUUCUUCUGGAGAUCUCUUUCCCAUUCCUUCCCCAUUGCUAGGAUUUGAUGGGAGGUUUGGUGAGCAUCCACCUUCCUUCCCAGAAAGCUUGACCAAGUUAUAUGUUCUAGAGAAAGUCCCGAGUGCCAAGCACGUUUAUACCUAGAGCGUGUAUUCGAGUCUCUUCUGUUAUUCUGUGUGUGUGUGCGCGCGCGUGUGUGUGUGUGCGCGCACACACACUCAUGUGUAUGGGUCCAUAUGUACGUGUGUAUAUAAAUAUAUAUUGUAUGUGACAAUAUGGUGGUAUUCUAUAAAUACAUAUACACACAGUUACUCCUUUAUAAAAGUUCCUGGGGCUCCAUGUUGCAGUUUAGGACUCGUUGCUUCUUGUGCCCUACUGUUUAUCCUGGACUAGCUGGGGUUGGGGAUCAUGUCUCCUGUUGUCAGACCACAGAGUUGUGGAAGAGGACACAGGUACAUCUACUCUUCGUGUUUUUGCCACAGGCCUUCAUCCUUAUGUAAUGACUUAUCUCACUCCAGAAUGCUACCUUUUGGAGCCAAAAAUACUGGUUUGUGGUGACACUGGUUUAAUUCAGCUUAGAUUGCCCUUACCUAAUGAUUUCCUCCGUUUACUUUGCUGAUUUUGGUAAUAGACCUCCACUGUGAUUCUCUUUUCUCUUCCUAUCCCUCGGGGAUUGAAGCCUGGGAGUAGAGAUGAACUCACUGAGCAGCCAGAGCCAAAAGCAGUUUCUUAGAAGGAAAGAGAAGGAGCCUCGGUAUGAGGAGGAAACUACCAUGAGAGUCUGUCUCUGGGAGAAUGUGCUAGGGUCCCUUUUUCUUUUGCCAAAAGGUUCCUUUCCUUAUGCAGCUUGGUCAUAUCCACUCAAAUAACCAGUUCUUUCUGCCUAGUAGCCUGCCAGAGCCUGGAGCUCAAGCUGGGUGGGUUCUAUGACAGUAAAAAUCUUAACUCCUGACUGGGUAUAGCAGUCCCCCUGCAAUUACUAUUUCCUUCCCAUUCACCCAGCCUAUCCCUGUCUGCGCCCAGCCUACCAGCCUGAUAUGCCAGGGAUCCCCAGUGCUCUAUAUUCCCAAGAAAAUCCCAGGAACCCCUAAAGCUUCCUCCAUCACAGAUGAGGUUGGUAGCUGAUCAGACCUCAAUAAUUUUAUACUGUAAUAAGCUCUUGAAUGUAUAUGUUCUUAUUUUACAAUCUUUUCCUUUUGUAUUUAAUGUCAAUGGAUUGAGUCAGAUUCAGAAAAUAAUUGUAAAUGUUCAUAUUCAGUAUCUUAUACCAAUAGUUUUGUGUUUACAUAUAAAUAUACUGACAUGAUCAAAC